UACUUACCCCACCAUCCCGUUCCGGCCCAACUAUUUUGGAGCUGUCUCCUGGCAAGCUCAACACAACAUCUCGGAUCUACUCAUAAAUAAACAAAGGGGAGCCGUUUCACUCAACUUUUGUACCUCAAUUGACUUUUGCAAUCCCUCCCCAAGUCAGUAAACCAACACUCGUACAACAUGAGCGUCAAGACUGUUCAAUUCGAGUCAUUCCCUGACCAGAAGCCCGGAACAUCCGGUCUUCGAAAGAAGGUCAAGGUCUUCCAGAAGCCUCACUACAGCGAAUCCUUCGUGACCAGCAUUCUCCUCUCUAUCCCCGAGGGCGUCGACGGCUCAUUCCUCGUCAUCGGUGGUGACGGUCGAUUCUGGAACCCUGAGGUUGUGCAGGUGAUUGCCAAGAUUGGUGCUGCAUAUGGCGUCAAGAAGCUCCUGAUUGGCCAGAACGGAAUCUUGUCCACGCCAGCUGCCAGCCAUAUCAUUCGGAAACGCAAGGCGACCGGUGGUAUCCUCCUGACUGCCAGUCACAAUCCUGGUGGCCCCAACGAGGAUUUCGGUAUCAAGUACAACUUGGCCAACGGUGGCCCCGCCCCUGAGAGCAUCACCAACAAGAUCUACGAGGUUUCCAAGACCCUUACCUCUUACAAGAUCGCCGACAUUCCCGACAUCGACCUGUCUAGCAUCGGCAGCAAGACAUAUGGCGACCUCGAGGUCGAGAUCAUCGACAGCACCGCCGACUACACUCAGAUGUUGAAGGACAUCUUCGACUUCGACCUGAUCAAGAAGUUCUUCAAGAACAACCCUGACUUCAAGGUCCUCUUUGACGGCCUGUCUGGUGUCACCGGUCCCUAUGGCAAGGACAUCUUCGAGAAGGAGCUUGGACUCUCCGGCGCGACACAAAACUGCGAGCCGUCCCCCGACUUCAACGGUGGCCACCCCGACCCCAACCUUGUCUACGCUCACUCUUUGGUUGAGAAGGUUGACAAGGAGAACAUCCCCUUCGGUGCUGCUUCCGACGGUGAUGGUGAUCGUAACAUGAUUUACGGCGCUGGUGCUUUCGUGUCGCCGGGUGACAGUUUGGCAAUCAUUGCUCACCACGCCCAGUUGAUCCCAUACUUCAAGAAGCAGGGCGUCUACGGUCUUGCACGCAGCAUGCCUACGUCGGGCGCCGUUGACCUGGUUGCCAAGGCUCAGGGGCUGGAGUCUUACGAGGUGCCCACUGGCUGGAAGUUCUUCUGCGCUCUAUUCGAUGCCGACAAGCUCAGCAUUUGCGGAGAGGAGAGUUUCGGAACUGGCAGCAACCACGUUCGUGAGAAGGAUGGACUGUGGGCUGUUGUUGCCUGGCUGAACAUCAUUGCUGGUCUUGGUGAGGCACACCCCGACACAAAGCCCAGCAUCAAGCAGAUCCAGAAGGACUUCUGGAACAUCUACGGCCGAACCUUCUUCACCCGCUACGAUUACGAGAACGUUGACUCUGACGGCGCCAACAAGGUGGUCGGUGUUCUCAAUGACUUGGUCGCCGACCCCAAGUUCAUCGGCAGCAAGAUUGAUGGCGAACACACAGUUACCGAUGCUGGUAACUUUUCUUACACCGACUUGGACGGCUCUGUCGCGUCAAACCAGGGUCUAUACGCCAAGUUCUCCAGCGGCAGCCGUAUUGUCGUCCGUCUUUCGGGUACUGGCUCGUCUGGUGCAACUAUCCGCCUGUACAUUGAGCAGUACACGGACGACAAGUCCAAGUACGAUCUUGAUGCUCAGGACUUCCUCAAGGCCGAGGUCAAGUUCGCAACCAACCUGCUCAAGUUCAAGGAGUUCGUCGGCCGCGACGAGCCCGAUGUCAAGACGUAGAUAUGGAAAUUGGGUAUCACGAGUUAUGAACAAAAUGCAAAAUUGUGCUUAGAAUACUUUAAUAGAAUCAACGCAUUUCCUCA